AUGUCUCUCACGCUUAAUCUCAAUUGUUGGGGAGUUGGCGAUGAUGUUAACCGAGUGUUCCCGGUGGAAAAUUUGAAUACAAAGUCUAUUGGUGCCCUCAAGAAAGCUAUCCGGGGGGAGAAGCAGGUCGCUCUCCAACACGUUGACGCAGAUGCCCUCACACUUUGGAAGGUUGCCAUCCCAUUCGACGUUUUCGAGGAGAAGAAGGUUGGACUUGAAGACGAACGAGUACUACUCUCGCCUGUGAAGACAUUGUCCAGCAUUUUCUCAGAUCAACCUGAUGACCAAAACCUACACAUCGUUGUUCAGUUCCCUCUGCCACCUCCCAUCCCUCCUAUCCCUAUCCUCGAACUAUACUGUCUCAUUCGUGAUGAUGAUGCCAGCCACAUCUUUCCGGUCAAAAUUGAUAGUACAGAGUUUGUUGCCACCCUCAAGAAAGUCAUCCGGGGGGAGAAGCAGGUCGCUUCCCAAUACGUUGACGCAGAUGCCCUCACACUCUGGAUGGUUUCCAUUCCAUUCGGCGGCAGUUUCGAGGAGAAUGUGAAGAACGCUGAACUUAAAGAUGAGAAAACGCUAUCACCUGUGCAGAGACUAUCCGACAUUUUCUUGCGUCCACCUCAGGGUGAACAUCUGCACAUCAUUGUUAAGCCUCCACGUAGAAGUGAGCGCAUAUGA